AUGCGCCAAAACCCGUAUCUAGCGCACUACUUCAGCGCCUCCCCUGACACCAGUGCGGAGGACGCCGUGGCGGAGUUCGGCGGCCACAACGGCCCGACGUUUGUUCACUCGCGGCACAUGCAGCAGCGGGUGUUCCGCCCGUCUUCGCGGGGUGGGGCCCUCACGGCCGCCUGCACGCCGCCGUCGACCCCCUCCGGUGGACGCCCGCCGCUCUCCCCCGGCGGCUCCCGCCACUCUACCCCCGUGGAGACGAACGGCAAGCAACACUCACACGUCGCAAUGUUCGUGAAUGGGAUACAGGACGGCUUGCGGAAUGUCUCCCCGCGACAGGGUAAAGUAGAAAGUGUCACCAACUGGGAUUCCAUGAUUAGACAUUCCCACGAGGUUAUUGCACAGGCAAAGGAGCUCCUGAACAUCGAAAACGCCUCUGAGGUGGAUGAUGUGGGACGCAGCUCCACACAAGCGGUGCACACAGCGUCACAGACAAGCUUGAAAAAAGAAGAAGAACAACAAGAACAACGAGAGCAAAAAAUACCUGAUAAAGUUAUAAAUGAUAACCUAGCUCAUUCAAAAACAAUGACAAAAGCUGAAGAAACAUCAAAAGAGCCAAGUUCAGUUGUUCUACAGGAAGAAAAAGAAGUGAAAGUAGAUAAGGGAGGAGUUUUAUUAAACUCCAAAACAGUAGGUAUGCAGUCGAACCUUCCUGUGAGUAACAAUUAUGAUGAGAAUGCCACAAAAAUUCCAUUGGUGUCUGCUACACCGGAGGCAAAGUGUUUAGUGGUAACGUUAAAUCAAAAUUCAGCUGAAUGUGUUGCAAAGCGGCUAACACGCCGCCCAUCGUAUGCUUUCGCAUUUCAGAAGAAUCGCAAUUCAAUAGUGAGUGAUUUAAAUGAUCAUCCCAAGAUUCCCUACCUGGUUGCUGAGGAAAAACCUGUAUCGAAACCACAUAGCAAAGAGAAAAACCCCAGAUCUAGUUCGAAGGAAAAGAAGAAAAAAAAGGAAGGUGUCAUCUCUGUAGCUUCGCUUUAUGGUAUCCUAGAAAGACUAGCAGACGUCGUACACCCGCGAUAUGUUGAUCCCGUGGGUUCUAAUAGUAAAAAUAUAAGCCUGGAUAUUUCACAUGAACGGAGGAGAAGUUUUAAUAACUCAGUAGAAGAUCGUCGCGCUCUCGAUGAGACAAGAAAAAGAGAUCAUGCACGGCAUUCUGUUCCGACUCCACAGGUCCUGAUGGGUAGUGCUCCACGCAUUAAUGUUAACGAAACGGUUGUAGGCAAUGACAUUGAUGUAUCCAAUGGUAUGGUACCAACAUCACAACUCGCAAUGUGUGGUGUUAACCCACAUCGUGUUUUUCCCCAACGUGCACCCAGCGCUCGCCGUUCAAGCUUCAACCGUACAUCAAAGACACCAGGCUAUGCAUUGCCAACAGAGAGUUGGCUCUGCAAGGGGUCAGAGUUAAGUGAUGUUCAUGAAGAUACUAGCUCCAUUCCUAAUGGGUUGAUACCAAAAGGACCGCUACAUUAA